AUGUCGAUGAUAGCCCUGAGAUCACAGGGGAGGUCCCUUUUACAGCGCUCAUCCAAUGCGUGCUACGCGGGCUCACACUCGAGAUGGUGCUCGUCCGCAAAGAGCAGCAGCAGCAGCGGCUUCCAAGCGCUGAGGAAGAAGCUCCCGCCCCUGGCUGACCGGAAGCUCCACGGCCUGCCCGACAAACCGGCCAGGACGCGGUUCGCCCCCUCGCCGACGGGAUAUCUCCAUCUGGGCUCGUUGAGGACCGCACUUUUCAACUGGCUCAUUGCUCGUGCCACUGGCGGUCAGUUCAUCAUCCGGGUUGAAGAUACGGACCGGACUCGCAUCGUUGAUGAUGCCGUCCAGCGUCUCCUAGCAGACCUCAAAUGGGCGGAGCUGAACUGGGACGAAGGCCCAGACGUCGGGGGACCCUAUGGACCCUACGAACAAUCAAAACGCCUAGACUACUACAGGCAGCACAUCGCCCAGCUCCUGGACGCGGGAAAAGCCUACCGCUGCUUCUGCACGGCGCACGACCUCGAGCGCCACAAGCAACAAUCCCUCGACGAGGGCGGCACGGCGCACUACCCGGGGACGUGCCGGAGCCUCCCGCCGUCCCAGGCCGAGCGACGCGCCGCCAACGGCGAGACGCACGUCGUGCGCUUCCGCAGCGAGUGCCGGCCAUCCUUCGUCGACAAGGUAUACGGAAACUACCAGAAGAACGAGGACGAGGACGACUUCAUUCUCAUCAAGAGCGACGGGUACCCGACGUACCACUUUGCCAACGUUGUUGACGAUCACCUCAUGGAGAUUACUCACGUCAUCCGCGGUGCUGAAUGGCUCAUCUCCACGCCAAAGCACAUCGCCCUCUACGACGCUUUCAAAUGGGAACCCCCGACCUUCGCCCAUGCCGGUCUUCUUUGCGCCCAGAACGGCGAGAAGCUCAGCAAGCGCAACCACGACAUUGACAUUUCCUCGUACCGCGAUAAGGGCAUCCUCCCCUCCGCGCUGAACAACUGGCUCGCGCUGCUGGGCUGGAGCAUGAACGAGAAGGACCUCGCAAAGGGGGGUGAGGUAUUCUACACAACGAGCGAUCUGGCUGAGAAGUUCUCCCUGAGGUUCACAAAGGGCAACAUCAAGACCAACCCGGACAAGCUCGCUGUCUUCCAACGCAAACACCUAACCCACCGCCUCCGUGAGGAGGACCCCGACGAGGACCUUCUAAAACAGGCCCUCCUCCCGCCAACAACCAAGCUUCUUGCUCACAUCUCAUCUCUUCUCCAUUCAUCUUCUUCCCCUUCUGCCGAGACCGAGACUCCUCCAUCCACCACCACAGUAAUCACUUCCCCAACAAACCAAAAACACUUCUUCCUAACAACAGACUUCACCUCCCUAACCCCCAUACUCUCCUCCCCAUCAACAUCCCCCACUCACCUCCUCGAAAUCUACCGUACCUUGGCCCUCGACUCCCCAAUCGACCCAGUCGACCUAGUCCACGAACACCCCUCCUUCUUCCUCCGCCCCUCAGCCCAGUCCUACUCCCGCUCCCUCGAAAACCUCUCCCUCCCAGACACCACCGCCCAACCGCACGUCCUCCUCCAGGACCUCCACGCCUCCCUCCGCGACGUCCACGAGCUCGACUGGAACCCGGACAAGCUCCAGGCCGCCAUCAACGACUUCGCCGCGCGCAACGCCGACUCGGUUGAUCCGGACAAGCCCGUGAAGCCCGUCAACAAGGCCACCUACGCGCUGCUGAGGCUCGUACUUACGGGCGACCACAACCGCGGCGCCAAGCCCGCCAAGCUGCAGCUCACGCUCCUGGGGAGGGCGGAGACGAUGACUAGGUUCGAGCUCUGCCUCGAACAAUAA